CCUCUCCCAGGUCAGGUAGGGGAGGGAGGCCGGCUCUUCUAGAGCACACAAGAAUGGAGCAGCGUCGAGAGCCACCUCCUUAGGAAUCCCAAGUGGUAGUACUGGGGGCAGCAGGCAGUGGUCCCCGGGCUCAGUACAAGCUGUUGUAAGGCUCACGUGAGGCUGCGCCGGGACCCCUUCCUCUUCUCUCCCCAGGGUGAGCCUGUAGAGAUGAGCUUCAGUGGUACCACAGUCUUUCCUGGGGGAGAAUUAGUUAUGUGCUGAGGCCAUGGACCCUCUGCCUGGUGGCCUGGCACCUAGGAAAUCCCUCACAGCAGAGGCAGGAACUGUGGGCAGGUGGGUUUCUAAGAUCCAUUCUGGAAAGUCUUCCUCCCCACUUUAGGCCCAGGGAACUAGACCCCCAAUCAAACUUACUCAAAGGGUCUCAGAUGUAAGUUGUUCACUACUAUUUAGUGUACAGCACGUUCCCACUGGCCCAUGUAAGGGCCCUCAAUUUGUCAUUUGUCCUCACUUUCCUUUUUUCCCUUUGCCCUUCAGCCCUGCUGCCUGCACCCUGUCCCCUCUUCAGCCCUUGUCAUGGGCCAGCACCCUAGUAUUUUUGCCACCUUGGAAAAUGGGUUUGGUAGGCCUGUGUUUUGUAGUUUCCAUAAAUGACAUGCUCUAAUUAAAAAAAAAAAACAAAAUCUUUGCAGAAAGUUAGGAAUUGAGUUUCAUUAUAAUUGAAAGCUACAAACCUCACAGAGACACAAUUUGAGGGAAUAAGGGCCCAGGGAGAUGGACCUCACCUGCCUGCUCAGCGUCACUCCUCGGAACCCCUGGGGGAUCCACCCAUCAAAGACGGGACUGCAGCUGUCUCAUCCUAGGCCAGUAUUUUUCCACAUUUAAAAAUUCAUGGCCCAAUAAAAACAAUGAAAAUUCCAUGCCCUUUUCAUAUUUUAUGAUGCAAAGAUCAUAGGUUCUUUUUCAAUUUCCAUAUAUAAAAUUAUGAUAUCAACCAUGUAUUUUCUUAGUGCAAAGCCCUCUCUCCCCCAGUUGAGAAUUGCUGUCCAAGACCCUGAAAACCCACAGGUUACUCGAGGGCAGCAUCCGAGUUCCUGGGGGCCCAGAGACUCUGCCCUUUCUGUCCUUCAGCUCUGGUCACCUGGCCACAGAGAGGUGGGCAGACACAUAGAUGCUGCUCCGGGGAACAAAGAGGGACUUCUUAGGCGUAUAAUUAGUUUCCAGCCUCCAAGGGUCCUGUCUGCAGAAUGAAUAAUCAAUAAAACACUGGCUCCAGGGAGCCGGAUUUUAGCUGGGGAAAUAGGAACAGGCUGUUUAACCAACAACAAACAGGCCUGCUAUACACAGACACGCACACACACCCACACAAUCAGACAGCCUGUCUUACCCUUCCCCUCCAGACCUGCGUGCGCGCGCGCACACACACACACACACACACUCCAGCUAGGGAGCUCUGCCGGCAGCCGCAUUAGAACAACGUCCCAAUGACUGACACACCCCUCCAUAAACCCCAGAUCUCUGUGCCCAUCAGCCCCUCUCCUCCUUCCUUUUCCCCUGAGGAGUGCACUGCCUCUUUAAAACCCAACUCUGAGGGCUGUGCUCAGUGGCCCACAAAAGGUUCGGAUUGUGGCUAUUCAGUGGAAUUUCUCCAGGGAAGGGAGGGGAGAUGAGACAGAUGGGAGGCUUGUCCUGCUGGGGCCACCAAGCGAAACCCUCAGAUGGCCAGUAAUGAGCCAGCACUGUUCCCACCCAGCCUGCUGCUGAAUGGCCUUCCUCUGUCCCUGCAAAGCCCCGUGGGGGCUCUGUGAGCUCAUCCAUGGGGGCACCUCCCUCAAUUCUCUGGUCCCCUUUCAUGCUUCCAGGCUGGUGUCCCCUCCUGGCUCCCCAUCAAUCACCCUGUCUUUUCCCAGGCCCUCUGCCUUCUCCUGUCACAAGCUGUUGUUCCCGCGCCUUUGCUCUCUCCUUGUUUCCCCGUGGGUAUGUUUUGUCCUCCAGCUUGACCGAGAGCUCUUCAAGUGCUAAGAGCGUGUCUUUGCUUUCCCUGUGACUGGCACCCAGGGCAGAGCUCUGCGCACACAGGAUGCUCACUGGGUGCUUAGCAAAUUAUUUGCUGCCACUCCUACCAGCCCAGGACACACCCACUCGUCCCACCUGUGUGUCUCUCUCCUCUACAGUAACCCUGUGUUCUCCACCCCAGAGGGCUUGCCUGGGCCCCUGCUCUCCAUAUCCCUGUGCAGUUUCAACCCCCAGAUGCCUCCUUACAACUUCACUGGCUUUUCGUCAGCACCUCCCUGUCUGCCUACCUGCUGGGCAGCCCUGCUGGAGGGUGGGGACUGGCCGGAUCCAGAGGAAGGAGGCCCACCUCUGUCCUUAGAGAAGUAGGAUGCUCCCUCACUGGGUAAUGGGUCCUGUGGAAAGACAUCAUGUGCUGGGGAAGGUGCUGAGGAAAAGUGAAGGUCCAGCUGGGAAAGCACUCGAAGGGUGUGGAUUUGACACUGUUGCUUAGGAGAACCCUGGGGCUUGGUCAGAGGAGCCCUGUCUUGUCUCCUUCCAACCCCCAGAGACCCAGGAUUUAGCACCCAAGCGGUCAUAGGCCAAAGUGAAGUCCACAUCUGAGACUCUUAAACACUUUUGGAUCUCUCAUGUUGAAUGGGAUGAACAAGGCUAGCUGCUUUUUCUGGGAGAUUGGUCUCACCUAGGAAGUGUUCUGAGACCCCCAGAAAGAAUCUAGCACUGGAGCGUCUUUUCCUCGUGGACCCUCCCCAUCAAACAGAUGCAUCAGUUAAGGCCAGAGCAAAAUCUCGAGUUGUUUACAGUUGCAGGGCUGGUCGGGAACAGAGCUAGGAUUAGCACUGGGCUGCCCUGCCUUCUCUCCUCAAGCAACCCAUGUUUGCCGGGUGCGAGCUCUCCACCCCCACUCCUGGUGGGCUGACCUGAGCCUUGCUGGGUGCUGUGGUCCCAGUGGUGACACUGAGUAAAGGGGCUAGUCUGAAUAGCUCCCCACUUCCCUCUUCUCCUCAACGUUCCUGUCACGUCUCCUGUCUCUCCCUCUGGUGUUCGGUUGACCUGUUCUCUGCUUCUCCUCCUUCUGGCCGCGUGAGGACCCCUCCUCUGGACAGGAGCUGGCUUCUGGGUUACCGCCUGCUGCGCCUGCUUGCAGCCGCCAACUAGGUGACUGUGUGCUGGGUGAACGAGGCUGGGGACAGUUCCACGCACUGCCUCUCCCCACAGGCUGAGCACGCCGGGGUCCGCACCUACUUCUUCAGUGCCGAGAGCCCCGAGGAGCAGGAGGCCUGGAUCCAGGCCAUGGGGGAGGCUGCCCGAGUACAGAUCCCCCCAGCCCAGAAGUCGGUGCCCCAAGCUGCACGUCACAACCACGAGAAGCCAGACUCUGAGAACAUCCCACCCAGCAAACACCACCACCAACCCCCCCAAAACAGCCUUCCCAAGCCUGAACCAGAGGCCAAGACUCGAGGAGAGGGUGAUGGCCGAGGCUGCGAGAAGGUGGAGAGGAGGCCUGAGAGGCCUGAAGUCAAGAGCGAGCCUCUGGUGAAAGCCAAUGGUGUCCACGCUGGACCGGAACCAGCCUCAGACCCGGGCAGCCCUUACCCUGAGGGCCCAAGGGUCCCAGGAGGGGGGGAGCGGCCCACCCAGCCCAAUGGCUGGCAGUAUAGCUCCCCAAGCAGGCCGGGGAGCACAGCUUUCCCACCUCAGGACUCAGAGAGUGGGGGGCGCCGGCAGAGCUUCCCGCCACGUGCCAACCCCGACAAAAUCGCCCAGCGCAAGAGCUCCAUGAACCAGCUUCAGCAGUGGGUGAACCUGCGCCGAGGGGUGCCCCCUCCUGAGGAUCUUCGGAGUCCCUCUAGGUUCUACCCUGUGUCCCGUAGGGUCCCUGAGUAUUACAGCCCCUACUCCUCCCAGUACCCUGAUGAUUACCAGUACUACCCGCCAGGGGUACGGCCGGAUAGCAUCUGCUCCAUGCCGGCCUACGAUCGGAUCAGCCCACCCUGGGCCCUGGAGGACAAGCGGCACUCCUUCCGGAAUGGAGGCGGCCCUGCCUUCCAGCUGCGGGAGUGGAAGGAGCCUGCCGGCUAUGGGCGGCAGGAUGGCACCACCUGGAUCCCCAGCCCCUCCCGGCAGCCUGUCUAUUACGAUGAACUGGAUGCCGCCUCCAGCUCCCUGCGCCGCCUGUCCUUGCAGCCCCGUUCCCACUCUGUGCCCCGCUCGCCAAGCCAGGGGUCCUACAGCCGCGCCCGCAUUUACUCCCCCGUCCGCUCACCCAGUGCCCGUUUCGAGCGGCUGCCGCCUCGCAGUGAAGACAUCUAUGCUGACCCUGCUGCCUAUGUGAUGAGGCGGUCCAUCAGCUCCCCCAAGUAUGAUUACCUGGGAGACAGGCGGCCAGUCCCUGCAGGACUGUUCCCCUACAACUACCCACCAUCCCCCACGGUCCACGAUAAGAUGAUGAGUGAGAGUGAGACUCUCAUCAGUAUGGUGAACCGCAUGGUGGAGAACUCCUCCCCCAGGGCCCAACUCUUCAUGCAAGUCCCUCCAUACCCAGAAGUGUUCCGGGACAGCCUCCACACCUACAAGCUAAACGAGCAAGACACAGAUAAACUGCUGGGCAAGUUGUGUGAGCAGAACAAGGUGGUGAGGGAGCAGGAACGGCUGGUGCAGCAGCUCCGAGCUGAGAAGGAGAGCCUGGAAAGUGCCUUGAUGGGGACCCAUCAGGAGCUGGAGAUGUUUGGAAGCCAGCCUGCCUACCCGGAGAAGCUGCUGCACAAGAAGGAAUCGCUGCAGAACCAGCUCAUCAACACCCGGGUGGAGCUGUCUCAGGCAACCACGGCCCUGGCGAACAGCACCAUGGAGUACGAGGGCCUGGAGGCAGAGGUCUCUGCCCUGCACGACGAGCUCUGGGAGCAGCUCAGCUUGGACCUUCAGAAUGAGGUGCUCAACCGACAAAUCCAGAAGGAGAUCUGGAGGAUCCAGGAUGUGAUGGAGGGGCUGAGGAAGAAUAACCCAUCCCGGGGCACAGACACAGCCAAGCACAGAGGAGGACUUGGCCCCUCAGGCACCUACAGCUCCAACAGCCCCGCCAGCCCUCUCAGCUCCACCAGCCUCACCAGCCCCCUGAGCCCUUUUUCAUUGGUGUCUGGCUCUCAGGGGUCCCCCACUAAGCCCGGGUCCAAUGAGGAGCCUGGCCCCCCGCGGCCUCCCCUCCCCAAAGCCUACGUCCCCCUGGAGUCUCCUCCCACCGUGCCUCCACUCCCUAGUGAGAGCCGCCUCUGGCCAUACCCCAACUCCCCUUCCUGGCAUCGCAGUGGCGAGACAGCCAGGGGUCAGCCCAAGGCAAGCUAUGAGCAAAGCAAGAAAGACCCCCACCAGACAUCACCCCUGGACACCACUAGAGACAUCGGCCUUGUGCCCACCAGGCAAGAGGUGGAAGCAGAGAAGCAGGCAGCUCUCAACAAAGUUGGCAUUGUGCCCCCUCGGACAAAGUCACCCACUGAUGAAGAAGUGACACCAUCAAGGGUGGUGAGGAGGAGUGCCAGCGGGCUCACCAAUGGACUCUCCUCCCGGCAGGAGCGCCCCAAGAGUGCUGUGUUCCCUGGUGAGGGCAAGGUCAAGAUGAGCGUGGAGGAGCAGAUUGACCGCAUGCGGCGGCACCAGAGUGGCUCUAUGAAGGAUAAGCGGAGGAGCCUGCAGCUCCCGGCCAGCCCGGCCCCCGACCCCAGUGCCCGGCCUGCCUACAAAGUGGUGCGCCGUCACCGCAGCAUCCACGAGGUGGACAUCUGCAACCUGGAGGCAGCUCUGCGGGCAGAGGAGCCUGGUGGGCAGGCCUACGAGACACCACGGGAGGAGAUUGCCCGGCUCCGCAAAAUGGAGCUGGAGCCCCAGCACUAUGAUGUGGAUAUCAGUAAGGAGCUCUCCACCCCAGACAAAGUCCUCAUCCCUGAGCGGUACAUUGACCUGGAGCCUGACACUCCCCUGAGCCCAGAGGAGUUGAAGGAGAAGCAGAAGAAGGUGGAGAGGAUCAAGACGCUCAUUGCCAAGUCCAGUAUGCAGAACGUGGUGCCCAUCGGCGAGGGGGACCUUGUGGACGUGCCCCAGGACUCAGAGAGCCAGCUUCAGGAGCAGGAGAAGCGGAUUGAAAUCUCCUGUGCCCUGGCGACCGAGGCCUCCCGCAGGGGCCGCAUGCUGUCUGUGCAAUGUGCCACCCCAAGCCCUCCCACCUCCCCUGCCUCCCCGGCUCCACCAGCCAACCCCCUAUCGUCUGAAUCCCCACGGGGCGCCGACAGCAGCCAUGCCAUGCGGGUCUGAGCUCUGACUGCAAGCCCUGGCCGAGGCCAACGCCGUGAAGCUCCACAGAGCCACGUUCUGAAGCCCGCCUCUGCCCAUCCUGGCCCCCUGGCCCCCCGCCCCUGUGCUCCCGUGGGAAUGCCACAGAGAGCCAGGCUGGGGGCCGGGGUUCUGCCGAGAGGAGCACGGAUGCCUCAGUGUCCACAUACCCACGGCGCCCGGCCCUGAAGCCCUUGCUGCUCAGACGGUGGUCCUAGGCCAGGGCGUGAGAUGGUGGGGUGAGGAGCGCCAUCCUAUCUGAUGCCCACGGCACAGGGAGCCUAGGUCUGGCUCUGGCUGGGGUUGUGAUGGCCCUACUGGAACAUUCCCUGAUGGAGAAGAUGCCCUGGUGGGGAAUGCGCCCUGGGCUAUCUUAGGUUAGGACUCCUCUCUUGACACCGAGAACAGCACCCACCAUCACCCCCUUCCCCCAUCACCCCUGCCGUCCUGCCCCAGCUGUGCCCAGGGUCUUGGCACAUCUCUGCUUAUGGGUGCUCCUUUGGGGUCCAGUGGAGACUGACCACCCUGCCUGAGCCAAAGACAAGAUGACGAGAGAUGGGGAGAGGCUCCUCGGCUCCCAGAAGACAGUGCUGGCUGUGGAUAGAGAGCAGCAGGUCUGUGCAGUGUCUGAGGGCAGGUUGAGAAGAGUAGCAGAGAGAGAGGGAGAGGUCUCAGGAGAGUGGGAGGAAAGGGAAGCAGCAGAACUCAUGCGCAAGUAGGAGGAGGAGGAGGAUGGAGAUGAGAAGGGGUAAGGGAUUGGUUUCCCCAGGGUGGAACCUUAGGUUAGUGCCAAGUAUAGUGCCAGCUGUUGGCUCUGCUUCUCCCACCUCGUCCCCAGGAUCAGCGGGGCUGCCAGACCGAGGACCUGCCAUGGAGCAUACUGCUGUGGGUAUGGAGGUGUGAGCUGAGGGGCCGGGCAGCAGCAGUCUGGGAGAUGGCUCUUUCUAGGUCUGGGCCUGGUUCUGGGGUCAGGAGCAGAGAGAAGGACCUGUCUUACGGAGGGUGUGGUCAGCCUUGGGGCCUUUCCUAAACAUUUCUGUGACAUUAUCUUGUCUCCCUUCCCCCUGAAAUGUGCUGUGGGCCAGCUGAGCGUGUGCCCUGGAAAGAGGGAGUGUGGCCUUAAUCUGGUAGGCCAGAUUCUGGGGCCCUACCCUGCAUCCCAGGCAUUCCAGGCAUCCCAGAUGAGGACAAGUUGAGGCUGUAUGGAAGGUCUCCCUUCUAGCUUGGCUCACUCACAACCCACCUACCCAGGGAGCCAGUAGUGGAGAGACAGAAGCAAAGCCCAUUCUCCGUAUGCUCCACCCACCUUCAGAUGAAUGUAGCCAGAGAGGAUGGAGGAGAGAGAGUGAAGCUGAAAAACCUUGGCCCCUAGGCCUUCUCUUUGCCAGAGCUGCUGCCCAGAGACUUCAGUCUGACCUCCAGCGGCCCCAAGAAUGAUUACUUCAUCUUCCAACAAUUCCUCUCCACUCCUUCGUGGCUGGGACAGUUAUGGUUCAUAUGCAAGUAAAGUUGACAAUUCACUCAACAAAUAUUUACUGAGCACCUUUUAUGUACCAGGCACUGUUCUAGGUGCUUAGGAUAUUCUCAUGCUUCUGAGGGUUUACAGACGGGAUUCCACUUACCUUCACUUCUAGCAGGUUUUUUGAACAUGACCCUUGGCUGCAGUUCCCAUCUUCAGCACAGCUCAAGCACCCCAAACCUGUCCCUUCCCCGCGCCCCCCCAGACUGGCAGGUGGGAUUGGCUCCCAGGUAACCGGCUCUCCCUUCUCCAUCUUCUCCCACACCUUAUCCAUCCAUAAGAGACAGAUUUUUCAGGGCCUUCCAUGCCUUCCCCUUUCUUUGUCUGUCUCUCCUUUUUUUUUAAGUGAUAUUUUUAGAAAUACAUGUAAAAUACCAAGGAUUAAUGUCUGCCCCUCUGCCACCUCUCUCUCACCUCUUAUUUCAUAAAGCUGGCUCUUUAUGUUGCUUUACAUGCCUUAAUAUAUGUUUUAUGAAGAUUAUACAUAUUAUAGAUGUAUAUGUAAUAUAUAUAUAUAUUUGUUUGGAUGUCUGAUCCUUUACUAGAACUCCUGCCCAGGCCCAUUUUCUCUCCUUUACUUUCCACAUCAUUCCUAGCAUACUGCGGCCAUACCCCAUGCUUUUUGAUCCAAAGAAGGGGAGAGGAAAGACUUAUUUUAAGACAGAUCUAUUUUACGCUUUUGUUAUAAAAGCAAAUCUAUUUUCAAAAUGUGCAAUGUCUGAAUGGAAUUGGCAAAUGAUAUGAGGAGACUGGGACGGCUGCCUCUAGGUCCAACCCUCCACCCUUCCCUCCUCCUCGGCAGCUUCCUUCCUCCCAUUCCCCAGUCUGCAAAGGGCUGGUCCCCAGAGCUCACCCGGAGAGGAUCUUGCCAGGGCAGGACAUUCUCUUGCAAGUCCUGGUCUAAGGAUUUGAUUACACUGUCAACUUUUGAUGACCCUCUAGGGUUAUUGGGUGUGAACCCUCUUCAAGGAAAUGUUUACAGUUGUGUGCACAGAAGUACAGCCUCGCAGGCACACACCCCCCAGAUGUGCUCCUGGACCACCUCCUUUAUCACCCUGCUGGAAAGGGCAGCCUACGCCAAACAGCACUGAGAAUGUCAGUCUAUUCUUUGAUGGACCUAGAAUAUUUUGCAACGGCCAAAGGAAACGGUUUGGCAUCACGGGUCCUUCGGGGCAGAUACAUUCAAGUUCCUUGGGCUUCUCACACUCCUUUUCACUUGAUCCCUCACUGGUCUGGGUGACACCUAUGGCAUCUGUCUCCCUCUAUGACCUUUCUCCUGGGGGCCAUUGUUAAGGGGAUGGUACCCCAGUCUGGCAUCCAGACUGCGAAGUCAGCCCAGAGGGUCCCACGGACAAGGUACAUCUCAGACUUGCCAAGGACUUUCUUGCUGCUGGGGCUCUGAACUAAGCCAGCUCAGCCUUCCAAACUGCUUAUCGACUAUUGAAGUGGGCAAGGGGCUCUUGCCUUGCAAGAAUUUGGGCAGAAUGGAUGUCUUUUGUCCAGAUCUGGAAUCAAGGGUUUUGGAAUCUAGCACAGAGCUCCUGGCCAGCAUUUGAAGCCUGGCUUCCCACUUUGACAUUUGCUGGCACCCUAUUCCCAGCCUAAAGCAUCUCGCUAUGAAUGAAGGGGGCCUAGAUGGAGGCCCAGGGCGAAGUAACCAACCUGGUGACAGCCCUGGUUACUAAUCUAGGGCCUUCCCAAUUAGCACAUUACCUCCCUCAUCAAUAACCAAGAGGCUGUAAUAAAAUACUAAUACUGUCACUUUAGAGUUUUUCUGAGGUUGCAAGCUGUGUGCACUUGCUCGCCUUCCUUGGUGAGAGGGAUGCUCUUGGAGCAGGGCUGACUAUAGCAAGACAGAAUUAAUUCCUUUCCCUUUAGGUAUCCCCCGACAACCUGGCAGCUCUUCAAACUAACGAAAAUAUGAAAUAUACAUAUAUAUAUAUACACAUAUAUCUAUUUAUGCACAUAUUGGGGCCAAUUUGAUUUGCUAGUAUUAGACAAUAAACCAUACAAGGAAAUUUAUGACUCAGUGUCUUUAUUUAGUAUAAAAGUGACCUUAGAAGAAGAGUUAAGUUUAGAUAAACAGAGGGCAUCUCUGUCAGGGGACCAAACAGCCGUACCAGCCCCUUAGCAUCUUUCUAGCCGAUGAACCCUUCCCCAGGGAGGGGCUGUCCUGAGUGACAGGCGGGAGCUUGCUUCCCUCUCAGCAGCAUUCUUUUUAGAUAUAGGUACUGAAGCACCCAGUGAGUUCUGCAUUUGUAUCUUGCAAGUUUGUAUAAACCCAAUGCAGGGAAUAAAUGGUUUGUA